GCUUUCCACAGAUGCGUCGCUUCUCCUUAGCCCUGCUCCGGGAGCCUGGGAGGAGCGGACAGCCUUGUUACAAGAAAGCGAAAUUAUUGUGAACAUCUUUUUUUUUUCCUUUCUCCUCUGGAAGAAGCGUUGCGGGCGGGGGCUGGCCCUCGCCCUCCGCCACUUUGGCGGGAAAAGAACUUCGCAGGCGUCUGAGACUCCGGCCAGCCUAAAGCGAAAUCCGCCAGGGGGGCCAUCGGGAGAGAGGUGGGACUAUAAGGGGCUCCUUCGCCCUCUUCUCUCCCCUUCUCCGGUGACGUUGAGGUCUCCUCCCUCUGGCGGAGUUCAGGCGCCUGCGAACGCUGUCCUGUGAUCGGCGCGGCCCGAGCUGCUUCCAUCCAUCCGUCCGGCUGUCCGUCCGCUCAACCUAGCCGGUUGAGCAUCCGUCGCGGACCGGCCGCCACUUCGCCCAGCCGGGCAGAAGUUUGCCCCCGCGUCGCCUUUUACACCGGUGGCUCAGCAUUCCUGCCGCCGUGGAGUGAGAAAGGCUGCGCCAAGAGCAAGCUGAGAAGGAGAGAGGCUCCUUCAAAAAUGAUUUGGCUGCCUUCAAGACCUGGAGCUCUAAUGCCACAAUGAGGACUCACACACGGGGGGCUCCCAGUGUGUUUUUCAUACAUGUGGUUUGCUUUGCACUAAUCUGCAGCACUGACAACAACCCAAGCACUGUUGUUCCAUUUGUCAAUGCCAACUACGACAACUACCCAAUGCUCUACUUCUCUAGACGAGAGAUACAGGAUCUCCGAUAUAAGGCAGGCACUACACAUCAACACAUUGCAGCUCGGUUGGUUGAAGCUGUGCAAAUCAUGCUGUCAAACUCUUUGGAGUAUCUUCCUCCCUGGGAUCCCAAAGACUUCAGUGCUCGGUGGAAUGAAAUAUAUGGCAACAAUUUGGGUGCCCUGGCAAUGUUCUGCAUACUUUAUCCAGACAACAUGGAAGCUAUUGACAUGGCCAAAGACUACAUGGAAAGAAUGGCGGCUCAGCCUAGUUGGUUAGUGAAGGAUGCUCCAUGGGAUGAGGUUCCCCUUGCUCACUCUUUGGUUGGAUUUGCCACUGCUUAUGACUUUUUAUAUAACUACCUUAGCAAGUCCCAGCAGGAAAAAUUUCUGGAAGUAAUUGCCAAUGCCUCAGGAUAUAUGUAUGAAGCCUCAUAUAGGCGUGGAUGGGGUUUCCAAUACCUACAUAACCAUCAGCCUACCAACUGUUUGGCCUUGCUGGUAGGAAGCCUGGUUCUAAUGAAUCAAGGUUAUCUUCAGGAAGCAUACCUUUGGACUAAGCAAGUCGUAACAAUCAUGGAGAAAUCUAUAGUUCUACUACAUGAAGUGACAGAUGGCUCCUUGUAUGAAGGUGUAGCUUAUGGCAGCUAUACCACCAGAUCUCUUUUUCAGUACAUAUUUCUUGUCCAAAGGCAUUUUGAUAUUAACCACUUUAAACAUCCCUGGCUUAAGCAACAUUUUGCUUUUAUGUAUAGAACAGUUCUACCAGGAUUCCAAAGAACUGUUGCUAUUGCAGAUUCUAACUACAACUGGUUUUAUGGUCCGGAAAGCCAGUUGGUUUUCCUAGAUAAAUUUGUUAUGCGCAAUGGCAGUGGAAACUGGUUGGCUGAUCAGAUUCGAAGGAACAGAAUACUUGAAGGCCCAGGGACACCUUCCAAAGGACAGCGUUGGUGCACACUUCACACAGAAUUUCUCUGGUAUGAUUCAAGCCUGGGAUUUGUCCCUCCACCAGAUUAUGGUAUUCCCAAACUUCAUUAUUUCGAGGAUUGGGGAGUUGUAACAUAUGGAAGUGCUCUGCCAGCCGAAAUCAACAGCCCCUUUCUCUCCUUCAAAUCAGGAAAGCUGGGAGGACGUGCAAUCUAUGACAUGGUUCACCAGAACAAGUACAAAGAAUGGAUCAAAGGUUGGAGGAACUUCAAUGCUGGGCAUGAGCAUCCAGAUCAGAACUCAUUUACUUUUGCCCCCAAUGGUGUACCUUUCAUAACAGAAGCUCUGUAUGGACCAAAAUACACGUUUUUAAAUAAUGUGCUUAUGUUUUCUCCAGCUGUAUCAAAGAGUUGCUUUUAUCCCUGGGAAGGACAAGUUACUGAAGAUUGCUCAUCAAAGUGGUUGAAAUAUAAACACGAUCUGGCUGCAGAUUGCCAAGGGAAAGUAAUUGCUGCUAUAGAAAAAAAUGAGAUCAUCUUUAUCAGAGGAGAAGGAGUAGGUGCCUACCACCCUAAACUAAAGUUAAAAAGUGUACAGAGAAACCUAUUACUUCUUCAUCCCCAGCUUCUCUUGCUAGUGGAUCAAAUAUGUCUUCAAGAUGACAGUCCUGCCAAAGUAGCAACUAGUUUCUUCCACAAUGUUGAUGUGCCUUUUGAAGACACAGUUAUUGAUAAUGUCCACGGAGCCUUCAUUCGGCAACAGGAUGGGAUCUACAAGAUGUACUGGAUGGAUGAUACUGGAUAUAGUCAAAAAGCUACCAUUGCAUCAAGAAUGUAUCCCAGAGGUUAUCCUUACAACGGGACAAACUACGUGAAUGUCACUACUCAUCUGCAUAGCCCAAUCACUAGAGUUGUAUACCUCUUCAUUGGACCCUCCAUAGACGUCCAGAGUUUCAGUGUCCAUGGGAAUGCUCAGCAGCUGGAUAUUUUUGUCACCACCAGUGAGCAUGCUUAUGCCAUCUAUCUGUGGGCUGAUGACAAUAAAAGCCACUCUGUCUUUGCACAAGUUAUUGCAGACCAUCAAAAAGUUGUGUUUGAGCGAGCUUCUGCAAUUAGGAACUCCCCGGUUUCGGCAGUAAAAGACAAUAUUGAGAUAGUAGAGAAAAACCUUCAGCAUUUCAAGCCUGUGUUCCAGCUAUUAGAGAAGCAGAUCCUUUCACGUGUGCGGAACACAGAUAGCUUCAGAAAGACAGCUGAACGCCUACUCCGCUUUUCAGAUAAAAGGCAGACAGAAGAAGUCAUUGACAGAAUAUUUGCAAUUUCUCAGCAGCAACAAGGCAGAGCAAAAAAGAACAAAAAAGUGGCUAAAGGCUACAAAUUUGUAGAUGCCGGCCCGGAUAUAUUUGCACAAAUCGAAGUCAAUGAAAGAAAAAUUCGACAAAAAGCACAAAGCUUAGCCCAAAAAGAAUUGCCUGUGGAUGAAGAAGAAGAAAUGAAAGAUCUUCUGGAUUUUGGAGAUAUUACAUACGCGAAAGAGAGAAACAGUGUGCCAAUCAAAGUUCAUCCUGGUCUGUCCCAAAUAUUUUCCACUGCUCGAAGCAGUGCUCCUUUGGUGUCAGCAUCUUACACACGUCUUUUCCUCAUUUUGAAUAUUGUCAUUUUCUUUGUUAUGCUAGCAAUGCAACUCACCUGGUUCCAGAAAGCCAAGAGCUUACAUGGGCAAAGAUGCCUUUAUGCAAUCUUGUUAAUCGACAGCUGUAUAUUACUCUGGCUAUAUUCUUCUUGUUCCCAAUCACAAUGCUAGCCAAAAAAAAAAAAAAA